AUGCCCCGGACGGUCUCCGUGGGCCGGAACAUGGGCUUUCAGCGGUUGGUCGACACGUUCGCCCCCGCCCUGCGCGCGCACACGCUGCCGAGCACCCCCUGCAUGAAUUUGCGGUAUUUCGUGUCUCGCGCGCUGCGGGCCGAGGGCGAAGAUCUAUCGGUGGUCGUCUCCGGCGCCAUGACGUCCACGAUGGGGCCCGUCGCCCCGGGGGUGUAUUCCCCCGCGAAGGAUCUGGACCGCGCUACGGUGACGGAGCACUUUCGCGGCCGCGAGCUCACCCCGCACCCGAUGAGCAACCGUCCGCCCACACUGACCUCGCCCAUGAAGGGCGCGACGACGAGCCCGGUGCUCGCGAACCAGCAGGCGAUGUUCCAGAAGGCGCCCAAGUUCGACGGCAACACGUCGUACAAGCAAGAGUACACCGAGAAGCCCCUGGGUCCCUACGACAGGGCGCCUCAGGUGGAGUGGCAGCCCAGUCCGUACAAGAUGGCCGGCAGCACCGCGUACCGCGACGAGUUCGCGCCCAAGCCCAUGCCGCCCAUGGCCGAGUACGAGCCCGUCGCCGCCAAGCCGUCGCCGCACAAGUUCGACGGCAGCACGACGUACGGCAAGGAGUUUGCCGCCAAGCCGAUGGACCCGCCGCAGCCGCUGCCGAAGGUGGAGUGGCAGCCGUCGCCGCACAAGAUGGCGUCGCACACGGCGUACCGCGACGAGUUCGCGCCCAAGCCCAUGCCGCCCCGCCCGGAGUACGCCCCGGUGGGCCCGGUCACGAGCCCGCACAAGCUGGACGGCGUCACCACGUACGGAAAGGAGUUCAGCCCGAAGAAGAUGGAGCCGGCGGCGGCGCUCCCGAAGGUCGAGUGGAAGCCCAGCCCGUACAAGAUGGCCGGCAGCACCGCGUACCGCGACGAGUUCGCGCCCAAGCCCAUGCCGCCCAUGGCCGAGUACGAGCCCGUCGCCGCCAAGCCGUCGCCGCACAAGUUCGACGGCAGCACGACCUACGGCAAGGAGUUUGCCGCCAAGCCGAUGGACCCGCCGCAGCCGCUGCCGAAGGUGGAGUGGCAGCCGUCGCCGCACAAGAUGUCCAACGAGACGUCGAACCGCAUCUUCUUCAAGGGCUGGAAGCUCCCCGUCCAGCGCACCAACAUUGGCAUUGAAACAUACGGCGGGAAGUUCUACAUUCUGCUGCCCAGCGACGCGCCGCUGCCGUGCAGCAGCAGCCAGGUCUUCACGACCGUGCACGACGACCAGCAGGAGGUCUGCGUCAUCAUCCUGCAGGGCAUGUCGCCCUACGCGCACGCCAAUGCCAUUCUCGGCCAGUUCGACCUCGUCGGCAUCCCCCCGGGGCCCGCGGGGCGGCCGCAGAUCAAGGUCGAGUUCUCGAUCAGCGACGACUCGACGCUCCAGGUCACCGCGGAGGAGCUCGAGACCGGGCGGCACCAGGACUGGGUGGCGCGCGGUGGGGCGAUGUUGGCGCGCGUGGACAGCAAGGACAACUACGGGACGCUGCGGCUCCCGCUCGGCAGCGCGAGCCAGGGCGGUUCGAUGGUGGACCAGGUGGCGCCUGCGCCGGGCGAGCCGAUCAACCGGGCGCUGGACUUUGACGGUGGCGGCGAGCCAGAGACGCCGCAGGGCAACACGGGCGGGUCGUUCGAGAUGCUGGAUUGA